UUCAUUAGUCAAUAUCUAGUAAAUUUGUUCACUUUUGUAAUUUUCAUUUAAUAAUGUGAUACACAAUUAACUCCCAGAUGAUAAAUAUAAAAAAAAGAGAUCCUAAUCGAAAUAUACUUUCAUGUUAUCUUCAGAGAAGAAUGCUAGGUAUUUAUCGAUUUAUAUGAUGAGACUUCCCCGGCUUUUAUGAAACAUUUUCGAUAGCCACGUCAGUAUGUCUCGGACUAUGAUUCAACAUAAGAUGUCUAAAUCACCAAUUAGCUUACUCCAAGAAUUAGGUUCUAAACAGGGAUAUGUUCCUAUUUAUAAUUAUGUGAGUGUAAAGAAGGUUGGAAUUUACGAUCGUUUUGUAUGUAGAGUAGAUUGUAAAGAAUUCAAUGCUGAAGGUGAAGGAAAUUCUAAAAAAGAUGCUAAACAUAAUGCUGCAGAGAAAAUGUUAUCACUACUGGCUGCGAAAAAUGAAAUUUCAGUAUUGUCUCCAAUUGCAAACAAAGUACAGACCUCUAUGCCAAUAAAAACUUACGAGUCAAUAUUACCAUCAACAAUGAAGACUCAAUCGAGCCCUAAAAUUGUUAAUUAUGUUGGAUUGUUGCAAGAAUUUUGUGUACAACAGGAGUUAUUAGCCAGUAACAUUGUGUAUAAGGUUGUUGAUGAGAGAGGACCAGAUCAUAUGAAGAUGUUUACAAUAGAAGUCAGUAUAGGAUCUAUAUGUGAAAAAGGUUCAGCAUCAUGUAAAAAAAUUGCCAAGCAAGAAGCUGCAAAAAAUUUGCUUCAGCAUCUACAUCCUGAUGUAAAGGAGUUAUUAGAAAGAAAUAAUGAAAAAAAUAACAAAGCAAGUAGCAAAGAAAUGCUUCAAGAAACUAUACAAAAAUUAGGUAUAGAAAUAUCAGAAUGUGUGGUUAGCAAACCAACAUUACCAGUUGCAAAUCUAUCAAAAGAGGCACAAACAUUGUAUAUGAAACGUACCAACAAAGAAUGUAAAGUGACCAGGCAAGAUUUUCUACUCAAAAACCUUCAUGAUUUAUUCGAAAGAACUUAUUCCACCAAAAUUUCUUUUAAUAUGAGAGAAAAAAUGCAAAUUGUACGGGACAAAUAUAUCAAUCGUGCAGAUGUAAAAGAUGUAAAAGAAGUCGUACAAGAUAUUGCGAGAGCUUUAGAAAUCAAGAUCGAAAAAAUUAUUUUACCUAGCAUAACGAAAGGUUCUAUAAUAAGCUUACGUCUGUCAUCCCAGCCUAUUAUUACUCAACUUGGCAUGGGUGAAACUGAAGAUAAAGCAGAGAUUCAAGCAAUGUAUAAUGUCAUUGUAACUAUUUUAACAUUUUUAAACAUUUCUUAAUGUAUACAUGUAUAAGAUCACAGAGUACAUGUGAAGAAACAGAUACAAAUAAGAAAUGUCAAUUUUUUAAUUGUAGCAUUUAUUUACA